AUGAGCAAGCCAUCCACCUAUGCUUUCGGUCAAGGGCGCUUCCUACCCUUCCUCGACACAUCCCUGCAAAGCGCCUCUCGCGACCGGUUCCCAUCUACAUCCAGCGAUGAAAGCAGUACUAGUCCGGCGCUGGACCCAGCUCAACCUUCUCCCAUCGACAGAUCUGGUGAUGCGCUUCCAUCGGCUGGUCCGAGCAAACAGGUCCGCUGGUCCGAUGAAGGUAUCGCAGACUGUGCGCCAUCCUCGCCAGACAUGCCAACAACGCUCGCUUGCCCACCGGCCUUGGACGAGGAGGAGUGCGAUUGGCGCAUUACGGCCGGUCGCUGUAUCAAUGCGACAACGAGUUCCGGGGCGAGUAGUAUGCCUGCUUCACCAUCCAGGAAGCGAACGUGUCCGACACUUGAUGUGUUUUCUACGAAGCGGCAUGAGGGCCCUGCGCAGUCUCGAUCGGAUCCCUUGUUGCAGCAGCUACUGUCACAUCACAGCUAG